GAUAGUACGCCUAACCUCCUAAAUGCAGCUCUCGGACGAGUCCGAUUCCCCGCGGUCGGCGUCGCUGGCUUAAAGUCUGUUCCACUUGCGCGGCGCGUCAUUCGAACGUUCGCUGGAAUGUACACGUACGUCCUGACGGUCGAUCUUUUGUCGAGAGGCGUUCAAUUGGCCCGCCAUGGACAUCACCGAAUAUGCUCUACCGACCGACCGCGGGUUGACACGUGGCGACGGACAACUGGUGGACUUCUUGAGGUGCGUCGCUGCGCUCGCGUGGGUCGGGCGCUCCUCUACCAGCAAUUUGGAGAUCUAUUCGCGGUCGCGUGCCGAUUUAGGGCCUUGCGCAGAGCAGCAGCUUUUGGGCACUCGCAGACCACCGAGACGGGUACCUUUCGAGGCGCGCGCUUUAAGCAUGGCGCGCAUGAGUUCCUAGGACCUCCACACGCGCCUGGUGGCUGCCCCGUGCCGCGCGCGGCGCACGGAGAGCGCGUUAAAACCUUAAUCGGCAUCAGCAUCCCCACCCCUUAAUACGGGGGCGGACACCAACCCCCAAAUUUGCCGUAUCUCUAUAACUAGACGUCUUGGCCGCGGGCGAAUUGAGCCAGAGGGGGCUCCCUACCCCCCUGGGACGUGACCGAAACGGGUAAGCGAAACGAUUAGGUUUGGAAAUUUUAGUGGCCUGCGAAGGUCGCGCCAGUGGCGCUUCGUGCCGCGUCAGGCCACCUUCUGGCAGCCCAUCGGGUACCCGGCCGCACCUACGCAUCCACCCCACGCCAUAGGUGCCCGAGGGCCCCUGGAAGACCAAAAUACCAGCAUGGAAGCGAGUUUUGAUUUUUCAGUCCAGAGGAUAUCCAGAGCCUCUGAAAUACCCGCACGUUAGGCCCCAGAUGGGCAACUUCGCGACCGCGUCUCGCCUCGAAAGUGACCCCUUCCCCCCAUCCCGGUCAGGGGGCGUACACAGGGACCCUAUGGGACCCCUUAGCCAAAAUCGCCCCCGGCCAAGUGGCUGGGAACUCGAAUCUCAAAUUUGGGGUCCGCCCCCGUCCCUUAAUCGAUAAGUCUAGGCCUAGUGGGACUAGUGCUUGUACUCCUAGUCACAUUAGGUCCCGUCAAAUGAGUCGUGCUGUGUCCUUGGGGUUCCCCUGGGGGUCCAAUGUGCCGGAUUUCGAGUUGGGCUAUUACGGAUUUCGAGUUGGCUAUUAGCAGAGAAUUCCCCAAAACCCUGGGUCCGCCCCAGUCCACCGUCCCACGCCAGCCCAGCGCCAGCCCAGCGCCAGCCUAGGGGGGCAUGGUGCAGAUUUUCCGUCACGCCCCGACGCCAAGAUACCAAACGCCGCGCGAACUGUAAGCCGAUUCUAGUGGUCGUCAAAGCUCGAUUAGGCUGCAGCUAAGUUCGCAGCGGCCACACGCGGCAUUGAUAAUUGCUCUCUGUGGUCUCAUAGGUCGUAUUACGAUUAAUAGCGAAAUUCAAGAGCGACUGAUUUGAUGAAGCCGCCAGGAAGAAAGUAAGUCUCACCAAAGUGCAUGCUGGCUUGGCGGGUCAUUUUCAUUUGAGGCUGCAUAUAUCUGCGAGCCGUCUGGCGCUUUACCUAUCACCAGUGAUGCAAUAUGGCCAGCUAACCUUGCCUCAUUAAGGGUGUUAGGACAUUUGCAUUAAACUUGUCAGAACACAACAGCAGAACACCAAUAGAAGGGUAUAGAGCAAGGUACAAGCCGAUUGCGAAGACCAGGCACUGUGUCUUCACAAGGCUUCGGGACAUUCGAGAUGCCUCUAGGGCAGAUUGGCUGAGACCAGGUAAUUGUAAUUGUUUACAGGCCCAACCCAAUCUACAACGAAUGCUCAAAGAAUCUCUUUGGAUACUAGAUAGGUACGCUUUGCUAUUUCUUGUUUUUUUUUUGCUAUACUGGGAAUCCACCGGGCUUUCAAGUAUAAUAAUGGUCUACUAAAUUGCAA